GUUUAGACAAACGAUGGGUUGUUUUUUACUUCAUGCUUAUGCAAAACACAUGAAAGAAAAAGCUCUUUGUGACAUAGAGGAAGGAAUACAAAAGGCAUUUGAAACUGCUGGGAAGGGUACUGGUACUACUUGCACUGGCAAAACUUGCAUUCCAUGUAAAUGGGAAGAGAACAAAUGGGAAAGUUGCCCAAUUAACACAACUACUUCAGCGGAGAAUGUGAAGACCAAAUUGGAUGUAAUUAUUGGACCAGAUGACUCAACUGUUAAGACCACCGCAGAGAAAGUGAAUACAAUGAACUUAUGCGAACGUGUCCAAUGUGUAGGGAAAAGAUGGUUAAAAGACAUCAAGAAGACAGCGCCAACUGACUGGAGUGAAGUAUGGACAGAAGUCGGGAAGGAACUCACCACCCUUGGCAAAGAAAUAGAUGGGAAGAAGACGGAAGUUCAAUCCUACUGCAGUGGACAAGAGAAGGAUGGAAAGGAUGCUUGCCUCCUUAUAGCAGCAGGAUUAAAAAACCUCUACGACAUCAAGGACGACGACAAGGGCAACGAUGCCGUUACGGCAUCGUUCAAAAGAACGAUGCAAUGUGUUUUAUUAAAUGCCAUUGCAGAUAAAUUAGAACACACCAACUUUCCAUGUAAGGAUGAAAAGAAAACGAAGGAUGGGAUAGAUCAUGCUUUUAAUAAGAGUAAUGAUCAAAUUAAGAGUCAGAGUAAGGGUUGUACAGAUGAUAAGUGCUUUAAGUGUCCAAGAUUUAACACUCUCGCAGAUUGCAAAUUAUACAAUGACGAUAAGGAUGUAAAGACCAAAAUUGACCCCAUGCUAGAUCAAAAUGAUACACUCAAGAAAGAAUCUCUGGAGAAGACCAUAUGUAAACCGUGUGAACAGAAGGAGUUAUGUGAUCAGCUUAAUUGUAUUGCGCCCAAGUGGAGCAAGAAUAGAAGUGGGCAGGACUACAGUGGAAUGAUUACUGACGCCAGCUGGAUCUUCGGGGGACUUCUAGAUCGCAUGAAGGAUAAGGGGGAAGCAGCUGCAACGGAAUACUGCCGUACAGACAAGGACGGCACCGCCUGGAACGAAAGCAACGCCCAUGGCGUUGCUAACAGGACCGCCUGCGAAAUGGUCGCAGGCGGUUUACUACGCAUAUCAAAAAUUAAGGACACAUACAGCUUGGAUAAGAAUAAGAAUGAGAAUCCUUAUGAUAACCAAGAGUAUAAGCAAUUGGCUGCCUGUUUCAUGUUGAACGCCGUCGUACGAAAAAUGAAAGAACGGAGCCCCAUUUGUGACAUAGACGAAGGGAUUAAGGCCGCUUUUGCAAAAGCAGAUGACAUUAAAAAAAAAUAUUGCGACAAUGGUAAACCCUGCUUCGUCUGUAAAUUGGACGACAAUUAUGAUGGUUGCAGUGCUACGAACGGCAAAAACCAAAAUGUCAAUGUAAAGGACAAAUUGGAUUCAUUACUCAAGGAUAGUACAAAUAAGAACAAACUCGAUUCUACCAUUCAAGCAAUUGCUGAGACUGCCGGAAACAAAGGACCCUCCUUAUGUGAUCGCUUGCAGUGUCUAGCAGCUCGAGUUGAAGCACAUAAUGGAGGAAGUCAAGCGAAGGACUUCUGGGAGAAAGGUGGUGAAGUGGAACAACUAUGGAACCAAUUGUCCGGAGCAAUAACCACAGAAGGCAAAACAGAUCACAGUGAAUGUAAAACAAUGGAUGAUGGCACCGCAGGUGCAACUAGAGAAGCAACUGACCCUGAAAAGAAGGCAUGCAAUUAUUUGCAUGCCGGAUUAACCAAACUGUACACGACGGAUACGGCGUCAACGCCGUCGACGGCGACGACGACGUCGUCGUCGUCGACUCCUUUGUUGUCCAACCCACUGUUGAAACAAACAGUGGGUUGUUUAUUACUUAAUGCUUAUGCAAAGAAAAUGAAAGAAGACUCUAAGUGUGUUAUCGAUUCUGGAAUACAAAAGGCAUUUAAGGCAUUUAAUGAUAAUAAUACUACUUGCAAGGACAAUGGCACAAAACCUUGUGUUCCGUGUGAAUGGAAAGAGACCGAAUAUGACGAAUGCACAAUUACUACAACUGGCUCAAGUGGCAACAGUACGGAAAGUGCAAAGGACAAAUUAAAACAAGUUCAGACCGACAUUAACCGCAUCUCGAAUUUCAACCUAAAGGACAUAAAUAGCAUGACCACUUUAUGCGAUUACAUUAGAUGCGCCGGACCCAAAUGGUUCAAAAGGCAGAAGGCAGCUUCAAAGAAUGGUGGAACGACGAAGACUUGGUGUGACUUUUGGGAGAAUGACGGCGUCAAACCCGAAGUGGAGAAACUAUUUAAACACAUCAGUAGUAAAAAUACAAGCAUGACCACAUAUUGUAAAGAUUUUGGUGACGGUAACGCUGAUAGUGUUGAAAGGAAAGCUUGCAAUCAUAUCACAGCAGGUUUAGACUAUAUUAACCAAGUUCUGGUUACUCAGAACGGUAAUACGGAUGACGAUAAGUUUUUUAAACGAAAUAUGAUGUGCGCAGCUCUUAACCUUUACGCAGAUAAAAUAAAAGAGGAGUCCACUAAGAAAUGUCCCAUUGAUGAGGAAAGAAUAAAAAAAAUGUUUACUAAUUGGAAUGUAUUUAAUAGAUUUUCGUCUUUGUCCUCGUCUUCGACUUCGUGUAAGAGUGGAGUUUAUGGUUGCUUCGAAUGUAAAAGGGUACCAACCUCAGAAUAUAAUGGUUGCGAACUAAGUGUUUCCAGCUCUUUGAUUAAUCCAACAUCAUCAUCACCAACUGGAACUUGCAAAACUAAAGAAACUGAAGUGAAGACUCAAAUUGACGGUCUCCUCAAGGACGACAAAACCACCAUCAAGAUGGAAGAAAAAUUAUCCGACAUCACUGAAAUGACCACUUUCUGUUCUGAACUCCAAUGCGCAGCAAGGAAAUGGAACAUGACAAAAAACCAAAAGGGAACAGCACCAUCAUGGGAUGAAAUAAGUGGUGUCGUUGAUGAGCAAUUAAAGAAACUUCUAGAACAUAUUACGGAUGUUGAUAAGUGGAAAGACGUUGCCGCACACUGCGACAACGUCGGUUCGAAAGACGACACACCAGGAGAAAUAACUGCUAAGAAAAAAGCUUGUAAGCUUUUUGCUUUAGGUUUAAAACACAUUUCUAAAAUUAAUGACGACCAACAAAAGGGUGAUGGACCACUUAAACGAACCAUGGCUUGUGCAGCACUUAAUCUUUAUGCUGAUCAAUUAAUAAACAAAUCAACAGAUCAAUGUCCUUUAGAUAAUGAAAAAUUGGAUCAGGCAAUAAAAUACGCUUUCGAUAAUAAUAAUAGUAAUGCCACUAAGAGUGGAGCAAAUUCGUGCAAAACUGGUAGUGGUACUAGUUCUUGUUUUAUUUGCAACAGAGAAAAUAAAUUUCACACUUGCAAAAUUGGCUCUGACGAAAUAAAGAAAAAUAUGGACACACUCCUCGAACAGAACAAAGGUGAAACCAGGGUGAAAGAAGCACUAGAACAAGUAAAUAAAAUAGAAAAUUUCUGUACUCAAGUCCAAUGUGCUAUCAAACAACACUACAGAACCAAAAAUGGACCAACACUUCCAAAAGGGAAACCAUCUUGGAGCGACAUCGAAGGUGAUGCCAAGGAUGCAUUAAAGCAACUUCUAGAACAAAUGACGAAGGGUCAGACUGAAUCGUACGUUGUCAACCUCUGCAAAGACAACCCCACAUGGAGUAAUAAGGGCCAUAAAGAAAGGCGAACAAAUAAAGCAGCUUGUUUACUUUUUGCUUCAGGAUUAAAGCACAUUUAUGACCGAAAGAAGGGCCAGGUUAAUGGCCGCGGUAGCGGCCACACGAUGGGCCCUGUUAAGGACCCAUCGUUUGAACAAACGAUGGGUUGUUUAUUUAUUAAGGAAUAUGUAAAACAAUUAAAAGAAAUGGCAAAAAUAAAGAAAAGGGGAAAUAGUUGGGUACAUCCUCUUUGUGACAUAGAUAAGGGCAUAGAAUAUGCUUUUGGUAAAAGUGGUGAAAUUAUGAAGAGUGUAUUAUCUGAAUGUAGAGAGGGUCCUAAUGGUAUUUCUUGUUUUGAAUGCAAAAUUGACCAAGAUUAUGAUAAUUGCAAAAUUGGCAAUGACGAAGUACAGGAGCAAGUUAAACCAUUGCUCGAAACGAAGGGCGACUCAAUGCAACAAACCUUAGAGAAUACAGUCUGUCCCAUCCUUCUUACGGAUCUCCUUACCCCUUUUCUUCCUUUGGCUCCUGUCUCUAUUGGUCUUUCUGCUAUGGCUUAUUACCUUUGGAAGCAAAAAUAUCCUCUCACUCUUUUUUUUUUUUUUUUAUUUUUGCAGUAUUUUGGUCCUCUUGGUAAAGGAGGAGCACGUUUUAGAAGAUCUCCUACUGAAAUUCCUGGUUCAUCAGUACAGGAACAAGUCUACGAUCAUGUGCAGCAAGAAGCAGGUCCACAUGAAUAUCGAUUGGUGAAGGAACGAAAACCUCGUUCAGUUCCAACGAGGACGAAACGUUCUGGUGGUGUGAAUCGCCGCACGAUUAUUGAAAUUCAUUUUGAAGUGUUGGAUGAAUGUCAAAAAGGGGACACACAAUUGAAUCAGAAGGAUUUUCUGGAACUUUUGGUUCAAGAGUUCAUGGGAUCGGAAUUAAUGGAAGAAGAACAGGUUCCUAAGGAAGAGGUUCUUAUGGAAGGUGUUCCUUUGGAACGAGUUCCUAUGGAAAAUGUUCCAAUGGAACGUGUUCCAAGUUUAGGUUCCGGGUUAAUGGUUUAA